AUGGGAAAAGCCGGUCGCAUGGCGUGUAUCUUCACGCCCUAUGUCUUGACCAUUGCGUCAUUGAUUUGCAUCAUUAUGGUGGGAUUGGGUUGCACAAAGGCCAGCUCAAGUACUUUGAACAAUCUAUACUUCCUUCGCCUUGACAUUUCAAACAUCACGGCAAGCUCAGACACAACAACAGAGAUCGAGAAUGCCCUCAGCGAUGCUGGAAUCACCUCCGUGACUGUGAGCGACCUCACAAGUGCCAUCGAAACAAUUGAGAAUGAAUCGGGUCUCGCCGACUACUACGACAUUGGUCUCUGGGGUUACUGUGAGGGCGACAUCUCGGGCACCAAGAAGAACAUCACCUCCUGCUCAAAGCCCAAGGCCGAGUUCUACUUCGACCCCCUUUCGCUCUUCGGUCUGGAGAACACCAACGCCGAAAGCGCCCUCGGCACAGACGCCAAGAAGCUCAUGAAUGUUUACAAGGCAGUCUCCAAGUGGAUGUUCAUCGCCUACUUGGUCGCUUUUAUCGCCACUUGUGCUGAGAUUCUAGUCGGUAUUUUCGCCAUCUGCAGUCGCUGGGGUAGCUGUGUCACCACCAUCGUCUCGAUCGUUUCGUUCCUGUUCACCCUAGGAGCCUCUCUCACAUCCACAAUCCUGUUCUCCAUCGCAAAGGGCUCGCUCGGCACAGCCGCCAAAGCCUAUGGCGUCAAGGUCUCUAUGGGCACAAACAUCUACGCUGCAACCUGGCUCGCCGUAGUCUUCUCUCUGGCUGGUACGAUUUUCUGGAUGUUCAGCACCUGCUGUUGCUCCGGCCGCUCUCCCUACGGCCACAAGGAUCGCGGUAUCAACCGCGGCUCCGUCACUGCUGAAAAGGCUCCCUAUACCUACGAGCCCAUUGAUGCUGCCCACGCACCCUUUGGUAGCCAGCCUUACGCUCCUCAGGGCCACAACACUGCCUACCCUCCCCCUCUCGCCCACCAUAACGACAUCCCCAUGACCAACCAGCGUCAAAACGCUUACGAGCCAUUCCGUCACGUCUAA